UUGACUCGCAUGGUUGUGUCUACCCGUUACAGCCUGGUAUAAGUGAAAGCCAGCCCGCUUUCAGUAGCACGGACCAAAGUUAUCCCGGAAUAAGGACAGCACGCAUGUGCCGUCAACCCGGAUGUAGAUAUUUUUGUUCGCGUCUGUUCCCCAUCUCGACAAGUUAUAACAAAUUUGCUCUUAAUCAUAAAUUAUAUACCUUAAAGCUUCUGCCAGUCUAAACCAAACCGGGUUAACCUGGCGUGACAUGGAUGUCACAGCAGCUCCACAACAGCCCGAAGAGCUGCACUUUGAUUCACGACUGUAACUUAUACAGGAUGGACUUCCGCGGCAGGAGGCACGAGCGAGGCAGCAACUGGACGGACCCGGAGAUCGUGGAGCUGCUGCAGCUGUGGUCCGAUGAGUCGGUGCAGAUUGAGCUGGAGAGCUCGUUGCGCAACCAGCGCGUGUUUGACCGCAUAGCUCAUAUCUUGCGCGAAAAGGGUAUUUACCGCACCGGUGACCAGUGCAGGGAGAAGAUCAAGAAGAUGAAGCUGGAGUACCGCCGCAUCAAGGACAACCACAAAAUGAGGUCCUGGAAGUUUUAUGAUGUGAUGGACAGGGUGCUGGCGAACCGGCCGGCUAUUACUUACUCCUCCCUGGGCGGAGCUGUCAUAGCUCAACAGGUGUUUCAGAGCCCCGGCGGGCCUGACGCAUACCUGCAAGGAGCCCCAGCAGGCACCUUUGGUCCUGCGUCCACAGGUGGGUUUCUGUUCGGUCAGCCGCCGAAAACAGGAGAUCCGCUGGAUAUUAAAUGUGAAGACGUUGAGGAGAGCAUGCUGAACUCAGGUGUUGCUCCUGAGAUGUACUAUGGAUCUGGGGAUGACCAGGAAACUGAUGGGCAGUCUCUACUGGGCGCAGAUGACUCACUGGGCCGAGGAGAGAGCUCAACAAAUGCAAGAAUCUCACCUUCAGGUUUUAGUGACCUGAACAUUACCAGUUCUGCCACAGCUGCCACCCAGGCUGCUGGUGGUCUUGUGCCACAGGACACAUGUGAGCAACCCAGUAAGAAGACGUCUCACCCCCCAACAUCUGUGAGACAGAGGAAACGUCGCCUGGGUGGCAAAACAUCCUGGGGCCAUGGGGGUGCUAGAUGCAGCAGUCAGAAGAGUUUGGAUAAAACCUUAGCCAGCUUCCUAAGCUGGCAGCAGUCAGCAGAGGAGCGCCUCCUCUCCCUGGAGGAGGCGCGGCUGGAGAGAGAGCUGCAGGCUGAGGAGCGCAGGGAGCAGCAGGAGGAGAGGAGGGCAGAACAGGAGCGCCAGCAUGAGCUCCGCCUGUUCAGCAUGCUCACGGGGGCAUUAGUUGCCGUCAGACAGGGUGCUUCGACGGCUGCGACAACACCGGCUGACCCCUCCUCCUCACCCCUGCCUCAUCUGUCAGCGUCACUGAUGACUGCAGCCGCCCCCUCUGUCUCAUCAUCUUUAUCUCAGCCACUUUCAGAAGCUCCCACUACACAGGCUGUUUCCACGCAGGAGACAAUAAAGUCAACGCCGCCUACAUCUGUCAAAGCCUGCAAAAUGUCUCAGAUCAUUUUGGGAACACUCAAAGGAGUAGGAACUCUCGGCCCAAGUGCGUACCUGUCCAACCGUGGCAACAGCAUCCGACAGCAUCAAGGUAUACUCCAGGAGGGUUAUACCCAUUAUGGGAUGGACCGACACCAUGACACAGAUAACCCUGAUGGUAUAAUCAACAUGGGAACCAGUGAGAACAAACUGUGCUAUGAUCUUCUUCAUAAACGCCUCACCAAGCCUGACAUGCUACAUGUUGACCCAUCGUUGUUGCAGUAUUCAGACUGGAGGGGACACACAUUCCUCAGAGAGGAAGUUGCAAAGUUUCUGACUCACUACUGCUGUUCUCCAAACCUGCUGAAAGCUGACAACGUUGUGGUGACAAAUGGCUGUGGCUCCCUCUUCUCGUGUAUUGCUGCAGUAAUUUGUGACCCGAAAGAUGCCAUUCUCAUUCCUACUCCUUUCUACGGUGUUAUCACUGAGGAUCUACAUUUGUAUAGUGGUGUCAAACUCUUCCAUAUCCCUCUUGACUGUGAGAUCAGCGGCAGUGACAGUCGACCCUUCCAACUUACUGUUGGCAAACUAGAGGAAGGUCUGCAAAAGGCUAAACAAGAGGGUUUAACCAUCCGAGGUGUGAUACUUAUGAACCCCCACAACCCUCUGGCUGAGAUCUACACCCUGAAAGAGAUGAUUGCCUUCUUGGAGUUCGCCAAAAGACAUGAGCUCCAUGCUAUCGUCGAUGAAGUGUACAUGCUGACAGUCUUUGAUGAAUCUGCCGCCUUUCACAGUGUCCUCAGUGCAGACAGUUUGCCCGACCCACAGAGGACGCAUGUAAUGUGGGGGUUGAGCAAGGACUUUGCAAUGGCAGGAAUCAGAAUAGGCACUCUCUAUACUGAGAACAGAGACCUGGUGGAGGCUUUGGCCCAGUUGGGUCCCUUCCACGGUAUCCCAGGAACCACCCAGCACCAGGUUGCACAAAUACUUCAGGAUAGAGAGUGGAUCAGCGAGGAAUUUUUGCCAGAGAACAGGUGCAGACUGAAAGCUGCUCACAGUUACUUGACAGGAGAGCUGCAGAGUUUGGGCAUCCCUUACCUGAACAGACCUGCUGGGCUGUAUGUUUGGGCUGACUUAAGAAAGUACCUCAGAGAGGCCUCGUUUGAGGAGGAGCUGUCUCUGUGGAGGCGUUUCCUCAGACACAAGGUGGUUUUGAGCUGCGGUCAGGCCUUCUCCUGCUCCGUGCCUGGCUGGUUCCGCAUUGUCUUCGCAGACCAACAGCAUCACCUUCAGCUCGGGCUGAAGCGAAUUAGAGAGGCCUUGAAAGAAAAUUAUGAAAAAAGCACAAGCCCCGAUUCACGCUCUAUCAAAGAAGCCAGUGAGGAGAGCAAAACACCAGAAAAAGAGGACAGUGCCGAUUCAGACAGUGCUGUGGUUGUCAAUUCAACAUCCUCACCCCAGAGCAAGUCAUCUGACCAGCUGAAGGAGAAGGAUAGCCCCGUUCCUGACACAGGCCCGCUGGCCACUGAGGAGUUAGUUUUGCUGGACUGCCAAGCAUCGAAGCCCGCAGACAGUCUGGACUCUCUGAUUGGCACACUCAGGCAGCAGAUCCACUCGUCUGAUUGGCUGGAGAAAAACACUCCAGAGCUGUCUGCUGGGGAGGACCCAGAGAUUCUUGAUGUAUUCAAGGCCCUGCUGCAAAGAGCCAGAAAGUAAGCUUAGGAUAAACAGGCACGAACAUAGCUGCCAGAUUUCAAGAGGCAGUUCUUCAGCAUCCUUCUUAGUCCCUGCGUUUAUAGUGAAAAGCUUGACACAAACACUUGACACAAGGUCACAUCUGAUGCCUAUUUCUGGGUGAAGAGGAAACGUUUAGCUGAGAGCAGGCUAAAGAGGAGAGAAGGAGAAAAGUAGGAAUGAAGGACAGGGCAGAGUCAUUUUCUAUCUGCAUCUUGAGGCCUUAUUUUUAAGCUGCUAAAGGGAGACGGCCUAGCCUUGUUUUUGUAAUCCAGACUGAAAGAUGUAUGUUUAUUUACUCGAACUCUAAAUGAAUGCCAAAUGUAAAUCAACCAAAAUCAGUCACACUUUCUUUUUAAAACAUUUUCAUUGUAAUCUGAAUUGUACAUCUCCAUUAUUUGGUCAUAUGCACUUUAUUUUAUCAGAAUGAAUAAAGAUAGAGCUAAAGGAAUUAAUUAUGAUGUAUUUAUGUGACAGUAAUCUUUUAUUUAGAGUACAUCUAAAUUUGUCAGUGAUCAUUUUUUUGACUUAAACAUGUUUAUGUUUUUAUUUAAAGAUAUCUGCUAUUUUGUACGAAACAUGCUCUGAAGGCAGAUCACUGUGACACUUUUCUAGAGCUUUGUUUUUGGUGGGCUGUAGGCACCCUUCCAUUGCAACAAAGCCAACAAAGUGGGCGGUACUGUUUGACGAAGAGGGGAGAUAUCUGAGGGCGAAGAUGACAUCAACCGCAUCACACUUUGCCCCGCUGUGAGAAACCGAGAGUGGGAUUUCCUUAAAUGUUUUGUCAUGGUGACUUGUUCACACCCCCCCCACACACUUUCUGCAUUUGACACAAACACAUAUCUCAGUGUUAUAUUGUGUCAACAGAGUAUCUCUAUAUUAUUAUUUAUUUUAGUUUUACUGUAAAUGCUAUUUUUUAUUCCUUGUUGCAUAAUGUGAGCUACACAAACUUCUGCUUCCUCAAAUAUUGAAUGGCCGUUAUGGGUGCUUUCACUUUCUGUACAGUGGAGAAUUCACGGGGAAAUUUAGCCACUGGCUGGGGGAGUUUCCAUUUCAGCAGAGGCGGAGUAAAUCUGAAGGGCUUGACUUGCAUGUGAGGGCUUGUGGACCUAAGCAGUACAAGUAGGAUGUUCAAGGUGUUUGUACAGCAGCCUAGUAUUUGUAUAGCAGUAAACUAGUGUAAAGUAGUGUAAACAUUGCUCUACCUGUACACACACUAACUUCACAGCUUUUCUCCACUGUACAACAACAAAGUGGUGUAGAAAUAUGAAGUUGCCGGAGCUGGGGGACUCGAUCAGUCGCUUCAGGUUCUCUCAGUCCUGUGUGGGGUUGGCUGGUUGCCUCUGUGUGUGCUAUGCAGUCUGGACACCGUACUGGCUGAAAGAAAGGGGACUCUGGGCAGAGUGGAAUGACACGGAAAGUGACCAGAUGAAUCGUAAAUAUGGCACAGUCUUCAACGCCCUGGAAGCAGAGAGAAUAUUUGGAGUUCUUUCCUUCCUCAUGGCUGUGAGCACUGCUGCUCUGUGUCUGGUGUUUGCCCUCUGCUGGACGUCUGACACGGUGCACUCCUACUCCAACACGCGCUCUCUCCUCAUGGCAGGACAGGCCCUCUACCCCACCACGCUCCUGCUGCUCACCAUGGCGUCCACAGGUUUCUUCUUCCUCCUCAGCUGGUCUAUCUUCACCUAUCACCACCGAGAAGAAAUCAAUCAGGACAUCUCCAGGCUCGGCUCCUCCUAUUGGCUCGGGGCUUUAGGUUGGGUCCUGCUGUUGGUCGUGGAGGGGAUUGUCUUUGUAGCUGAGCAAGCUGUUGUGCCUGACAUCCUGCCAGACUUAGAGAAAUCUGUGGAGUCAUGGCGGAUUGCCUCUCAACUAAAGGCCGCUAAACGCUCUUUCAGCGAUGGUUAUUACCCCUGUAACAGCCACAGAAACAUGGCUCCUGAGAGUCUUGAGUGGAGUUCAGAUAUGAGGACAUAACAGAGGAAAUGAAUGUGAAUGUGUAAGUUACACAUUAAUGCACACAGACUCGAUGAGAACCCAGCAAUCUCUCACUGCUUUACAGAUCUAUACAGCCAGACUGAGUAUUGAUUAACUGUGUUGGGAGUUAAGUGUUUGCCAGAGGAAUUAAGUCUGAAUUUUGAAAGUCUGAAGGACCCAGCUUUGUGAGGAGCUGAUCGUGGUGGUUAUCCUCCAGUUUGCUUUCAGUAUAGACUGAAAUGAAAUGAAAACACACUAAGAACCAACAACACUGGCUGGAAAACGGCCAAACAAAUGCAAGACGAGAACUGUUCUCGGACAAGGUGCAGACAGGCAUUUGCAAAGUUUUAAACUUCAUAAAACUUUUUUACAGGUUAGCCUGCUCCCCUAGGAGCAGAUCCAGUGGUGGAGAGUUUACAGAUGAAUUUAUGUAAAAAAAAAAAAACCACUCGCUAACACAUUCAUCUCCUACUUUUCAUUGAAAGUUUUAGCAGGAGCUGCAACGUUGUUGAUGAAUGUGAUAAUAGCGCCAUCUUGUGAUGCCCAUGUAACACAUCUUAAAGUCCUCAUCAAAAGAAAAUUAAUUUUUUGCAAAUGUACAGGGACAUCAUAAUUGUUUUUUCCUGUGGAAGUUUUAAGUGUUUUGCUGAUGAUCAGUAAUAAACAUCUGUGACCAUACCCUUUUUAAAUGAUCACUCAUUUUAGCAGAAAUUAGUUAUCAUAUGGUAUGUAGCAGUAGCUCCCAACUCUUUUCCUAAAGGGACCCUUUUUUCUUUUAUUGGGUACACUGAUGACCCCUGACUAAGUGACAUAUUUUAUGGAUAUGUAAUAUGAGUGCAUUCAUUGCAUAAGAAUAGCAGUACAAACAACUGAAAAAAUGUAAACAGCGGUGUGAGGAUUCAGGCAGCCCAGGGAGAGCAGCCCCUAUCAUAAAUGUGUUGUCAACAUAGCAAAAGGACAUCAUCUUUAAAAAGAACCAUUAACUAGAGAUGACAACUUUGGCACCGAAGAUUGAACUGUUUCGAAAUGUUUUGUCACUUCCACUUUUUUGUAGUUUGAUAAGGGAUUUGAAACGUGAUCAUGUCAAACUUGGACAAAAAGUUUUAAAGGGGCAUAAAUGUUUGAGAUGUUGUGUUGGGUUGACUAAAGAGAGAUUUUUGAGGAUUGUGCUAUAGUUGUUAGAGACCUAGGUCUAAGGCAUGGGAGUAGAGAAGCAGAGAGGCCGGUUGAGGCCAAACAAUGUGCAGCAAAUAUUAUUUCUAAAUAAAAAUCGUUGGACGCAA